AUGUCUCAUCCAAUACAUGAAGCCAAUGAGAACAGUCCUUAUGGUGACCUAACAAAGGAAGAGUUCUACAAGAAACACCACAUCUUCCACCAACAAAGCUUCAUGCUCAACAAUCACAACAUGAAAAUAUUCACCCAAUCAUGGCAGCCCGCCGACUCGAACCCGAACCCGAACCCGUCUCCUCUAAACGGGUUCGUGGGCAUGAUCCACGGAUACACCUCAGAAAGCAGCUGGCUCUUCGAACUAAACGCGGUAGCCAUAGCCAAAGCAGGUUUCUUCGUCUGCGCAUUAGACCUACAAGGCCACGGCUUAUCACAGGGCCCACACGAUCACAUCUCCGAUAUCAAUCCUUUAGUACAAGACUGCCUCCAGUUCUUCGACUCGAAACGGGCCGACUACCGGAAUAUUCCCCAUUUUAUGUACGGGGAAUCGUUAGGUGCCGCGAUUGCCAUACUCGUAUGCCUGCAGCAGAGGACAAUGCGGUGGAGAGGUUUGAUAGUGGCCGGAGCUAUGUGUGAGGUUUCAAACAAGUACAAACCUAUGUGGCCGUUGGAGAAGUUGCUUCCUAUUGCAGCUCUAAUUGCACCGAACUGGAGGAUAUGGAUCACCAGGGCUCCUACGAGCAGGUCGUACAGGGAGAGGUGGAAGAGGGUUCUGGUGGAGAGGAGCCCUAACCGGAGGAGCUGUGGCAAGCCAACUGCAGGAACUGCACUGCAGCUUCUGAGAGUGUGUGACUGUGUGAGGGAAAAGUGUGCUGACCUGGAUGUGGCGAUGCUGAUUCUGCAUGGUGGUGGUGACGUGAUAUGUGACCCAAAGGGUGCACGGUUUUUGUAUGAAACCGCGGCGAGUGAGGAUAAGACGCUGAGGAUCUUUGAGGGUAUGUGGCACCAGCUGAUUGGUGAGAGUAAUGAGGGUGCACAGCAAGUUUUCGACACCAUGCUGGAGUGGAUUCAAGCCAGAACUAUGUAG